AACUAAGCAUUUAGAGUCAGUGAAUUUGAAAUACUUUUGGACUGGCUCUGCUCAGGCCGACACAUAGGUUUACACAUAAUUGCGUUUCUACUUUUCCAAAUAAUUUUUGAAGGUUUUUUACAUUAAAGGUCCAGCAAAGUCGUCGUCGGGCCAUAAACCUUCACGUUAUUUAUUGGCUUAGUAGAAGUAUCUUGUGUCCAGAGAUUGCAGAAGAUGCCACGCGGCAAAUACGUUAACCACAAGGGCCGCUGUCGCCAGUUCACUUCAUCGGAUCAGUUGCAGCAGGAGCUGGGCAUGAUCAUGGACAAGGACAAGGUUCAGGGUCUAAGCCAGGACGAAGGUGAAGCAAAUAUAAAUCUUGGGGACCUGUCUGACUACGACAAUGAGUAUCUGCCGGAAAAGAAAUCGAUCCGAGGCAUCCACAACCUCAUCGAGGUCUUCAAUCCUAAUCGCAUGCCGCAUGACCAGCAAAUUGUGAGUCAGAAGGACAACGCCCGAGAUGAGCGGAAGCAGAGACAGGGACCACGAAAAAGCCAGGUCCAGGCCGAUCUGGAGAGACUAUUCAUCGUUCGCAAGGAACGUGAGGCGGCUGCCGAACGUCGUUUGGCCGCCAAGAAGGCAGCCGCCGAGGCAGAUGCCUUGCGUUUGGUGUUUUCCCUUAAGAAGCUCACCAAGCAGUGUCCCGUCGAUGAGAUGAACUCACCCAAGGGCCUGGCCCUUCGCGGAAAGUGAGGGAACCUAUAGGAAUAUACAAACAUUGCAAGCAAAACAAAUCCUAAAACAAAACUGAAAUACCUCGCAAGAAACUUGGAAAAUCCUUAAGACUUGCAAGAAUAAUGAACACUUUGAGUGCCAUUUCGAUGUUGGUUAAGAAAUAACCCAUCGAAAUAGUGCUAGAAAAUAAAGAUACAGAAAGUAAA